AUGGCGAGUGAGCGUGUCAUAAUGACCUCUACUACCUCAUCUUCUCUAAAUGACCGCUUCACUCGCAUCAUGAAGACAAGGAAGACUCAAGUGAAAGAGCCGGUGACCCGAAACAUUCGUGUUGACGAACGAGGAAUUGCGGGAACAGUCUCACGAAUGCGCUCAAACAUGAGCUCUCGUCAACCACGAUCAGUCAUCGCUGGAGGAUACAAAUACCCAGCUCGGAAUACUGUUUCUCGUGCUCAACAGUACAAAAACACUCGACGUACAAGCGUCCAUCAUCGAGUCGGGCGAAAGAACUUUCCUGACCGAAUUCCCUUCGCUCGAAGAAUGAAUGGAAGGGUCCAGAAAAGACAGUACAAGUCUUUCUGGGAUCGGAAUCGCCAGGAAAACUAUCCCAGAGAAAGCAGAUCCAGAAGAUCUUCUGGACGAUUCGUGAAUCCACUGGACCGAUUCACGCCAGAACCUAGCAGAAAAUUCAAUGAAAUGCGAUCACGACAGGGUUUCCGACCUUCUCAAGCAGCCGGCUUCCGUUUCAAACGAAACAACAACCGAAUCAAUGGAAAGUACGGCAACUACGGCCGAACGAAUCGCCGCCAGCUUGAUCGCGAAUUAGAAGGAUACAUGCAGAAAUCUGCAAAGUAUAAUCGGGCCAGACUGGACGAGGAAAUGGAUCAGUACAUGAGCGGAACAAAGGCUUAUUUGGAUAAGCAGAUGGACGAGUACAUGUCCGCUAAGAAAAAGAACACUGCUAUCCAAGGAAUCUAA